UUAGUCAGAUAGUGGGGUAACGGUAGGAUCCCAACCUUUAGACUGACACCCACCAGUGUCAUUGGCAUUCUCUGCACUGCCUUCCUCGCUGUUCCUCAGGCGAAGGGGAGAGUGUAAGAGAACAAAAAGAGAGGGGGAGGGAGUGAAAGAAAAGAGUGAAAACGAGUGCUUCUGAAUGAUUGUACUGUCGCCACAACCGGGGCCAAUUAAGAGAAUUGCAUUAUAUGCCUUAAUCUUGCCAGUCAGGUGGGAGAGAUAUAGACAGAGAGAGGGGAACAGGUGCCACAGACACACGUCAUUAUCGCCUUCCUCUUUCAUUUCGUUUUUUUCUUUUCAUCUCAGAACGAGAUCCUUUUUGAGGACUGUUCGCCCCGUUCGCCGAAAGGGAAGGCGGGAGAAUGAAAGAGUUAUUUUUCCCAAUUGAAACAGAAUGUUCUUUUUCUCCCGGCUCUUUUAUUUGUUAACAGCACACACUCAUUCAUUCUGCCGCCUCUUCGUCGCUCCGCCAGGGCAGAAAGCUAGAUACUUCACCUUCACCUCCGUCUAAAUCCCUUUUCCCACUGCUGUUGGAUAUUUUUCGCUCCUGUAGAAAAUGUAUCCUUUUCCACCCUGAGGGAAUCAUUUCCUAUUAAAGAACAAACCUAGGGGUUGGACAUUACUCCUAUACAGGUUUUCCCCAUAAUACACCAUAUCACCAUAUCAAAAAGAAUAGACUACUUGGUGAAAAGAAAAAGAAAAACCCUCCCAAAGCCCAGAGACCCAGUCUCUCGCGACACCCCCCAACUCCCUUCUCUCCCUCCCCUCCCUCCGCCUUCCCCUCCUCUCUGAGCUUACUCCUCUCUCUCCAUUCCUUUUAUCCGUGGGGCAUCCCACUCCCCGCCGGGACUCAGCCGGCUUGCAUCCGCGGGAAUCUUUUGAUAUCGGCUCCUGGUGUCGUCUGAUUCAUUCUGUGGUGGACCAGGCAGCCAGAAGACCGUUCUCCAUGAGGAGUAGUGGAAGAUGCCGGCUCUGCCAGCGCUGCUGCUGUCGAUUUACUUCCUCUUACUGUUGCUGACCAUGGCCCCGCUCUCUUUCACCCAGGCUCCCGCGCUCUCCUCCGUCAGAAUGGCGGCCAUUUUGGACGACCAGUCGGUGUGUGGGCGAGGGGAGCGGCUAGCGCUGGCCCUGGCCAGGGAGAACAUUAACAGUUUUUUUGAGGGCCAGUCCAGAGCCCGGGUGGAGGUGGACAUCUUCGAGCUGCAGAAGGACUCACAGUAUGACACCACCGAUACCAUGUGUCAGAUAUUGCCGAAGGGGGUGGUCUCUGUGAUUGGCCCCGCGUCCAGUCCCGCCUCAGGCUCAACUGUCAGUCACAUCUGUGGGGAGAAGGAGAUCCCUCAUGUGAAGGUGGGCCCGGAGGAGACGCCCAAACUCCCAUACCUCCGCUURGCCUCGGUCAGCCUCUACCCCAGCAACGAGGACCUGAGCCUGGCUAUAGGUGCCAUCCUCCGCUCUUUCAGCUACCCCACCGCCAGCCUCAUCUGCGCCAAGGCAGAGUGCCUGCUGCGAUUGGAGGAGCUGGUGCGGCGCUUCCUGAUCUCCCGGGAAACACUGUCRGUUAGGAUGCUGGACGAAAGCCUGGACCCCACCCCCCUGCUAAAGGAGAUCAGAGACGAUAAAGUGGCUACUAUCAUCAUCGACGCCAAUGCUUCCAUCUCCUACCUCAUCCUCAGAAAGGCAUCAGAACUGGGGAUGACAUCAGCGUUUUACAAGUACAUACUCACCACAAUGGACUUUCCCCUGCUGCGAUUGGACGACGUGGUGGAUGACCAAUCCAACAUCGUAGGUUUCUCCAUGCUCAACAGCAGCCAUCCCUUCUACCUGGAGUUCAUCAGGAGUCUCAACCUGUCCUGGAGGGAGGGCUGUGACCUCAGCCCCUACCCCGGCCCGUCGCUGUCGUCGGCUCUCAUGUUUGAUGCGGUGCAUGUGGUGGUGGGGGCGGUGCGUGAGCUCAACCGGAGUCAGGAGAUUGGAGUGAAGCCGCUCAGCUGUACCACUCCUCAGAUCUGGCAGCAUGGCACCAGCCUGAUGAACUACCUGCGCAUGGUUAUGGAUGGCCGUUGCACCGGCAGGGUUGAGUUCAACAGCAAAGGCCAGAGGACCAACUACACCCUGAGAAUCCUGGAGAAGCAGCACCGUGGAGGUCAUAAAGAGAUCGGGAUCUGGUACUCUAACAACACGUUGGCGAUGAACUCGACGUCUCUGGACAUCAACAUGUCGGAGACGUUGGCUAACAAGACGCUCAUCGUCACCACCAUAUUGGAGAACCCGUAUGUGAUGCAUAAGUCCAACUACCAGGAGCUGCAGGGAAACGACCGGUACCAGGGCUUCUGUGUGGACAUGCUAAGAGAGAUGUCGGACUUGUUGAAGUUCUCCUUCAGGAUCAAGCUGGUGGAUGACGGUCUGUACGGAGCGCCUGAACCAAAUGGUUCCUGGACAGGCAUGGUGGGAGAGCUCAUCAAUAGGAAAGCAGACUUGGCGGUAGCUGGGUUCACCAUCACCUCAGAGAGGGAGAAGGUCAUAGAUUUCUCCAAACCCUUCAUGUCUCUGGGCAUCAGCAUCCUGUACAGAGUCCAUCUGGGKCGGAAGCCAGGUUAUUUCUCCUUCCUGGACCCGUURUCUCCGGCCGUGUGGCUCUUCAUGCUGCUGGCCUACCUGGCUGUCAGCUGUGUGCUCUUCCUAGCCGCCAGGUUGAGUCCGUAUGAGUGGUACAACUCCCACCCGUGUCCUAUGGGGCGAAAGGACGUGCUGGAGAACCAGUACACCCUGGGCAACAGCCUGUGGUUCCCCGUGGGAGGCUUCAUGCAGCAGGGCUCUGAGAUCAUGCCCCGCGCCCUGUCCACYCGCUGCGUCUCCGGGGUCUGGUGGGCGUUCACUCUAAUCAUCAUCUCCUCCUACACGGCCAACCUGGCAGCCUUCCUCACUGUUCAGAGGAUGGAGGUGCCCAUCGAGUCUCCUGACGACCUGGCAGACCAGACAAACAUCCAGUAUGGCACCAUCCAAGGAGGCUCCACCAUGACCUUCUUCAUGAACUCGCGCUACCAGACGUACCAGCGCAUGUGGAACUACAUGCACUCCAAGCAGCCCAGUGUGUUUGUGAAGAGCACAGAGGAGGGCAUCGCCCGCGUGGUCAACUCAAAAUACGCCUUCCUGCUGGAGAGCACCAUGAACAAGUACCACCGCCGCCUCAACUGUAACCUCACCCAAAUAGGAGGUCUGCUCGACACCAAGGGCUAUGGCAUCGGCAUGCCCCUGGGCUCGCCGUUUAAAGAGGAGAUCACUCUGGGGGUGUUACAGCUGGCAGAGAACAACAGGCUGGAGAUCCUGAAGAGGAGGUGGUGGGAAGGGGGGCAGUGCCCCAAGGAGGAGGACCACCGAGCCAAGGGUCUGGGCAUGGAGAACAUCGGUGGCAUCUUCGUGGUGUUGAUCUGUGGCCUCAUCAUCGCCGUGUUCGUGGCCGUCAUGGAGUUUGUGUGGUCCACCCGCCGCUCGGCAGAGACAGACGAGGUACGCCCUCACUGCUGCCCCGGCCAAAACCACAGACACCCUCCAGUGUCAGUGUGUCAGGAGAUGCUGACUGAGUUCCGCAACGCCAUCUCCUGUAAGAAGAGCUCACGCUCUCGGCGGCGGCGUCCCUUGGCCAGCACUGGCGGUGUCUUGCGCCACCCCACUCGCCUCCAGCUGGGUGUCCCGAGACCCAUCCGCCUAGUCCGCGAGAUGCGCCUCAGCAACGGCAAGCUGUACAGCAGCUCGGGCCACCUGACUGGCGGKGGGGGAGCAGCAGGGGGGGGGUGCGGGGCCGUAGGGGGGGGGCCCUCAGACAUGGGCCCGGGGCCACAGCGCCUCCUGGAGGACCCGCUGGGUGCCAACACCACAACACCCCCUCCCCCGCCCGAGGCUGCCACGGCGCCACCCUCCCGGAGCUGUGCCCACGUGCGGAUCUGCCAGGAGUGUCGGCGCAUCCAGAGCCUGAGGUCAGCAUCGUCUUGCUCACGCAUCCCGCCCCACCUCGGCCCACACUCUUCCAUGUCCCUGCCCCGCCUCACUCCACCCCCGCCACCCUCCUCUACCAACACCGACAGCGAGGGGGGCGGCUGCGGCACAGCGAGCCCCAAUCGCCCCAAACCUAAGCCCACGCCUCCUCCGCGGCCCUUACCCCCGGCGAAAGCGCCCACCACAGACCUGCUGCUGGGGAAACAAGACUGAGGAGGGACGGAGGGAUCGGACAUGUGACAAGAGUCGAGGGUUAAAAGUCAAWGGUCAGGGUUCAACAGAGAAACACGUAGGAACGAGGAGCGGAAGGGGCUGUGAGCUUGUAGCGCAUUGACAUGGCAGGAUCAAACCACUCUGACCCGUUUGAGGGGGCGAAGAUGUUAUUCUCCAGGGCAGAAGGCCGUCCUCCUAAACCAAGAGUCCUGAUAAGCAAUGGAACAGGCRGUCUAUGGAGUGGGAAAUGACUUUUGACCACAUAUGACCGUUAGCUGCCUACGGUGCAGUGAGAGACCAUGUGGUGACCGUUCAACGGUAGGCAUAAGUGUGUUCAAGCUGCCUGGUUUGGCUUUUGACCUUCUCUCUCUCUUUCACUUGGAUCUGACGGGAGGACUUGACCUAUCCAACAAGCGCCGGAGAGGUUCAGGGGACCAUAGAGACUUCAAACACACAGGAACUCUUGCGCUUAAAGAAGUUGGUUCUCGCAAGAAGAUGCAUAUUUUUUCCCCAGAGCAGCUGGAAGAGCUUGAACUUUGGAAUUUGUGUUUUCGAUUUGCUUUCUCUCAGAGUCUAACURGCCUAAUUUAUUUUCUAUCUUUCUUUCUUUCGAAUAUCUUUUUAAUUGUCGUCAUUGGUUUCUUGGUCACUGUUUAGUUAWUGACUCAUGUUUUUGGUCUGUCAUUAAAGAUCCUUAAGAAAGCCAAUGUGGAGAUCAUGACCAUUAGUGCAUAAAUUAGGUCUCUUUCCCACCAAUCACAAGCCCGGGAACAAAGUUCAAAGGUCAAUAGUCUAAAGAGGCCUUCUCUAAAACACCUACUGAUAGUACACCCAGAUCACAGGACUCAAUAUUACAGUCCARGUUUGCUUGUCAGAGUAGCAACAGUGUGGCUUUGCAUUCCACUGAUCAACAAGCCAGCUUUGCCACAGAGUUCUAAACACACAGUUAGUGUAUCGUAGCCCCYUCAAAUUACAGCGCAACAGAGCUACAGAGCACAGUUAAACAACACGGUGCGUUGUGAAUCCUUCAAACAGAUCGGAAAUUAAGAAACUGGAUAUAAAUAGCAAGAGUCAAGGAGAAUACCAAACUCAGCACAAGGAAUGACAAAUGAGACAAAAUGAUGAUUACAUAUGGUUAUACGAAGCAGAACAGGAGAAACGUAACGCACAGUCCUGUCUGGCCAAUGGUAAGAGGAAACCRGUGUUAAUGUGUGUUCUGUGUGAUUCAUAUGGGGGUCAUAAGUGUGUAUGUGUGUGUGCGUGCAUACAGAGGAAAGAAUGGGUCAAAGUGCAUUUUGUCAUAUUUAAUGCCCUUUCUUUCGUGUUUUCCCUCAGAUUUCUAUACCAGUGCUAAAUGGAUUAUUAAGAAAAUGACGACCAAUGUAUAUUAUUACGAUUAUAUUGUUAUUAUUAUUACUGUUGAAGUGUGGGGUACUGUAAGAGGGGCGUAGUCGUCUUAUGUUAAAUAUAUAGACACYAAAAGGUAUUUGGAAUAAAAAAAACAGUAUACAAA